UUUGCUGUUGCUUAACCUAUACGAGGAAGCUGAUUGGAUCUUUCCAUUCAUUUAGACCCUCUUUUUCCUCUCCCGGGGCUUGUUAGAAAAUAAUCCUCUCAGAUCGGUCCUCUUUUGGAAGAGAAACGCCACGUUAGUGAUGAGCACAGACAGGCUACUCAGAACUGAGGCUUUAUCCUGGAUGUCGGAUGAGGACAACGUGACUGGGGGCCAGUCCCGGGGCUUGGUCCUGCAGCCCGCUUGGGACUACCUCUACCAGAACCACCACGACCUCCUGAGGAGCCCUCUCUUUCCCGUGGCCCUCUCCGUCACCACCUACUUCUUCCUGGUUGGUCUUUACACUGUGCUGGAUCUGCUGGCUCCCACCUGGCCCUGCAUUAACCGCUACAGGCUCCACCCUGACAGACCCGUCACCUGGCCUCACAUCUGGACUACCCUGGGUGUCACCAUCUACAACCAUCUGCUCUACAUCUUUCCCGCUGCAGUCGCCCAGUGGCUGUGGAGGCCGCCCACCCCGUUGCCCUGUGAGGCACCCACUUUCUGGAGCUUCUGCCUGGGCAUCCUGGGCUGCAUGGUGGUCUUUGACUUCCAGUAUUACCUGUGGCAUCUGCUGCACCACCGGGUACCGUGGUUAUACCGCACAUUCCAUGCCGUGCACCACCAGUACAACCAGCCUUUCAGCCUAGUCACCCAGUACCUGUCUGGCUGGGAGUUAUUCAACGUGGGAUUUUGGGCUACAAUAGACCCCAUCCUGCUCCAGUGCCACUGCCUCACAACUUGGGGCUUCAUGGUCUUCAACGUCUACGUUUCCACCGAGGACCACUCCGGCUAUGACUUCCCGUGGUCCAUGCAUAACCUGGUGCCCUUUGGCCUCUGGGGUGGUGCACCCAAGCACGAUGCUCACCACCAGCGUCCCAACACUAACUUUGCCCCAUUCUUCUCUCACUGGGACUGGCUGGGGGGCACCCACACUGGGCCAACUCCCUCCAGCCACGCUGCCACGGGAGAGCAAGACGAGAUGAAAGGUAGAAAAGAGUAAUGAGCUUGAAUGAAUCUCUCAUUGACUCUCUCUCUCUUUUACUCAAACUGCCUCUUUUUGCACCUGCUCUCAUUCCAACACACUUUGCUUUUUCUCUCUUCUCUCCUACAGACCAGUUUAUCUCCUUUCUGUCUGUCUGCCUUUCCUGUCUUUUUGAUAUUAUUAUAUUGACUCAUCCUAUUUUGAUAUCUUCCAUUGCUCACUAACAGAACUUGGAUAUUCUUCACAAUUUAGGAGUUUUUAUUAUCAGUCUAACAUUUCUGUCUGGUAAGUUGUUGAGAAGAAUGAUCUUUUAUGUGUGUUUCUUGUAUAAUGAUAGUAUAUUUUCUCUUAUGUAUUGGUGUAUUGUUAUGUUGUCUCCAUGGUAUUCUCAGGUCAGUUUCCACACAUGUGUAACAUGUUUUGAGCUACCUUGAAAAAUAAAAGCAAAAAAUAAAACCA